AUGGCCUCCACUCGCGUCCUCGCCUCCAGACUCGCCACUCAGAUGGCCACCAAGGCCGCCCGCCCUGCGGUGCGCGUCUCUGCCAUGCCUAAGCGCACCAUCACCGGCUUCUCCAGCCCCCUCCAGGCCGUCAAGCGCCAGCAGGCCACCACCAUCAAGUCCUCCAAGGUCUUCACCCAGGUCCAGGCCAAGCGCGCCUACUCCUCUGAGAUCGCCCAGGCUAUGGUCGAGGUCUCCAAGAACCUGGGUAUGGGUUCCGCCGCCAUCGGUCUUACCGGUGCUGGUAUCGGUAUCGGUCUGGUCUUCGCCGCCCUCCUCAACGGUGUUGCCCGCAACCCUGCCCUCCGUGGCCAGCUCUUCUCCUACGCCAUUCUUGGCUUCGCUUUCGUCGAGGCCAUCGGUCUUUUCGACCUCAUGGUUGCCCUCAUGGCCAAGUUCACGUAA